AUGGCCGGGAGAGGUGCUGAUCCAGCUUCAGCGCUCCUGAUCUGUAGCAUCCUCCUCCCUUGCCUGCUCCUCCUGCGAGCAGACGCGGGGCAGCCGCCGGAGGAGAGCUUGUACCUGUGGAUCGACGCCCAUCAGGCGAGAGUGCUCAUAGGAUUUGAAGAAGACAUUCUGAUUGUCUCAGAGGGGAAAAUGGCCCCAUUCACACAUGAUUUCAGGAAAGCCCAGCAGAGAAUGCCAGCCAUCCCUGUCAAUAUCCGUUCUAUGAAUUUUACCUGGCAAGCUGUGGGGCAGGCAGAAUACUUCUACGAAUUCCUGUCUCUUCGCUCCCUGGAUAAAGGCAUCAUGGCAGACCCAACUGUCAAUGUCCCUCUGCUGGGAACAGUGCCUCACAAGGCAUCAGUCGUUCAGGUUGGUUUCCCGUGUCUCGGCAAACAGGACGGGGUGGCAGCAUUUGAGGUGAACGUGGUUGUCAUGAAUUCUGAAGGCAACACCAUCCUCCAGACCCCUCAGAAUGCUAUCUUCUUUAAGACAUGUCAACAAGCCGAAUGUCCCGGAGGGUGUCGAAACGGCGGCUUUUGCAACGAAAGGCGAGUCUGUGAGUGUCCCGAUGGGUUCUACGGGCCCCACUGUGAGAAAGCCCUCUGCAUACCCCGGUGCAUGAACGGCGGGCUGUGCGUUACUCCUGGUUUCUGUAUCUGCCCACCUGGGUUCCACGGCGUCCACUGUGAUAAAGCAAACUGCUCAGCCACCUGCUUUAAUGGAGGUACCUGCUUUUACCCAGGAAAAUGUGUUUGCCCUCCAGGACUCCAGGGAGAGCGGUGUGAGAUGAGCAAAUGCCCACAACCGUGCCGAAAUGGAGGUAAAUGCAUUGGUAAAAGCAAAUGUAAGUGUCCCAAAGGUUACCAAGGAGACCUCUGUUCUAAGCCGGUCUGCGAGCCUGGCUGCGGAGCACAUGGGACCUGCCACGAACCCAACAAAUGCCAGUGUCGAGAGGGCUGGCACGGAAGACACUGCAACAAAAGGUAUGGAGCCAGCCUCAUGCAUGCCCCGAGGCCAGCAGGCGCCAGGCAGGAGGAGCGGCGGGAUCCACCUGAAUCCAAUUACAUCUGGUGAACUCCACCAGCCGAAACGGUUCA